AUGCACAUAAUCUUGCUUCGUCAUGCCUCUAGAGCUGACAAACAUGAUUCUGAUUGGUCUUCACCGAAAUCUGAUUCCAUUGUCCACAAACCCGACCAUUGGCUUGCAACAUACGAUCCCCCCUUAGACCCCUCCCUAGCUCUCAAUGAGGUUGAAUCGGCUUACAAAAAGAUUUCAGCUCAUAUUCCAUCUGCAUCUAGAAUAUUCAUGCACUGUUCUCCAUAUAAUCGCUGUGUCCAAACCGCCAGGCUUUUGGCAAGGCACUUUGCUCAUACAGAUUCUGGUAUCCACUCACAGACAAGUCCAGCAAUUCAAAGAAAGUUAAAGCUUAGGAUAGAUCAAGGCCUAUCAGAAUGGCUAAAUGAAAAUUUCAGACUGGACUAUCUUCCGCCGAAUGAUGGGGGAGCAUCCAUGAUAAGCAAUGCAAACUUCUACCUGGAAAACACGUGCACUGGUCUAUCGGUGGCAGAUGGUGAAAAGAGCGAACUAAAACUACUCAAAGAUCCCGACUGGCUUCACAACAAAUUUGGAAAAUGUGGAGAUUAUGGAGAAAAGCCAUCAGAAUUUGAAUUACGAUGUGCUAAUUAUCUGGGUAAUCUUGUGCAGUAUUAUGAAACUCACGCUUCAGAAGAGCUUAAAGAAAAUUCAGUCAUAGUGAUCAUUACGCAUGGAGCUCUUGUCUCAAUGUUUCUGCAAGUGAUAUUGGGGCGUCGAAACUUUAGUGAGAUUCCAGUUUGUACACCAAUAUAUCUCAAAAAUGGACGGCCAGAAUGUUAUUUUUUUAAAGAUUAUGAUUUCAACCUGAAAUCGUUUGUCCCUAUCACAAAAGAUCAAGAAUUUUAUCACCUCCUAGAUACGGAGUUUAAACUGACAGAUUUGAAUAGCAAAGCCACAAAGGAACAUCAUUCAGCAACAUUUAUAACAGACGUUUCAAAGUCGGUGUUGCGCUACAGUGAAACUAUGCAUCGACCAAGAAGCAGAACUAUCAAUGUGGUCGGUCCUGGAACUGAUUCAUGUAAUAAAAUUACCGCUCCGUUGCGCCAGGUCAGGUCAUCAAAACAGCUUCAUUUGAUGGACAAUACCACAAAAGAAGGGAAAAUACUAGAUUUGAACAAACUUCAAGGAUUUUUGGGGGUAACUUCCGAUUCAGAUGACGAAUCAGACGCCCUUGUGUGCAGCCAAGGCUCUUCUGGUUCCGAAAUAGACGAUUCAAGUUCUGCUUUGCGUUCAGGAGAACAUGUAACGGAGAAAAAUUCAGAUUCCCUCUUUGACAUUGCUGGAGACAAAAAUUCCGUCUCAAAAAUUAAAAAUUCAUGUUUUACAAUUUCGCUUGGAACUAAUUUUGAGACUCUAGAUCAAAACCACGAGCGACGGGCUGAGGCCUUUUGCAAAGAGAACCGAUAUUCAACUAACUAUACUGCCCUUUUUGAAAGCAAACGAAAAGAUCCAACCUUUGAAGAGAUGAGCGAAAAAGAUGAUUGUAAAUCUGAAAUUCUGCCAUUCGUACAUCCCAAUAACAAAGUGUACAAAGAGGCUAAUCAAGCGUCUCAUAACCAUGAUACAUAUCGAUUUGCUGAGAAAUCUAAGGGGUCCUUAAAGAGAAUUCUCUUUGGUUCCCCCGAAAAACAGAUGCAGUUCAGCGAUGACAACUUAACAUGGCUUGGAAGUAAUAUGAAAAAACAGGUUGCAUAA